UUCACAAUUCUGCUCAGUGCUCGUUAAUUGCUCUCAGAAGUCACACGGAAAACGAUAAGAGAUGGAUUCCAAACGGAUCAUCAUUCUAGUUUUUGCACUAUCAGUAGUGUAUUUACCAGUACAAGGCAGACCAGCAAUUGCAAAUGAUUACGAUUACGACGAUAAUACAAUUCCAUCUGCAAGUGAGAUAAGUACACCAAGGGCAAUAAUGCAGCGUACAACUUCAGCCAAAAAGUUCCAGAUUCCUGCCCAACAAAGUACUAUAGAAACUACGACAGAAUACAGAUACAAGGACAUUAUAGAGCCUUAUAAGAUAGAAGUUCCCAAAGUUGAAUCGAUUCGUCAUGCCGCUGGAACAUUGUACUACAGCGUGGACCCAAAGGAAGAUCCAUACAAGAAACUUAUGCAGGUUCACGAGGAAUACUUUGAAAUUCCUAUGAACAGAAAUUUACCUAAACAUGUUGCGCCUCCAAAAUAUUGAGUCUCACCAUACAAUAGUAGUGGAUCAUUUUAAACUAAAAUUGAUUUGUAUCACACCAAAAACAAAUUUCAAUAUAACUAGGGUAACCCAAACCUAUUGGGCUAAAAAUUUGCAUCAAUA